AACAACUCACUCAUUCAAAACACAACUAAAUAUUCAGUGUUCUAGUAUAGUGAGGAAAAGGAAGUAUGAAAGUCAUUUUUAUUGUGCUUGCACUCUUGUCUCUUCACUGGCUUGCUUUCAAAUUGGACGCAGCAAAAGAUUUAAGAGAAACUGUACCAAACGGUGGAGAAGGAAUCACAUCUCAAAAUGAUUUUCAGUCCAACUCUAAGACCCCUGUUCUGUCGGAAUAUCAAAAUAGCGGAAACAGUGAGCAAGAAAAAUCACCUCUAAAUGAUUCGCAGCCAGAACCCAACCCUUUGGAUAUUUGGAAAAGUCAAAAUGGAGUUGACGGAGAGAAAGAAAAAAUCCCUCAAAAUUAUAAUUUUCAGCCCGAACCCAACCAAUUGUUUUUUUGGAGAUAUCAAAAUGGAGCUGAUGGAGAGAAAGUAAAGAUUCUUCAAAAUCAUAAUUUUCAGCCCGAACCCAACCAAUUGUUUUUUUGGAGAUAUCAAAAUGGAGCUGAUGGAGAGAAAGUAAAGAUCCUUCAAAAUCAUAAUUUUCAGCCCGAACCCAACCAAUUGUUUUUUUGGAAAUAUCAAAAUGGAGCUGAUGGAGAGAAAGUAAAAAUCCUUCAAAAUCAUAAUUUUCAGCCCGAACCUAACCAAUUGUUUUUUUGGAGAUAUCAAAAUGGAGCUGACGGAGAGAAAGUAAAGAUCCUUCAAAAUCAUAAUUUUCAGCCCGAAUCCAACCAAUUGUUUUUUUGGAAAUAUCAAAAUAGAGGUAAUGAUAUUAUAAGAUUGCCUAGCAUGAAGAAGGAUGGCGAUGACAACCCUCCCUUUAUUACCUUCUUUACAAAGAAUGAUCUAAAGGCAGGGAAUAAAUUGCCAAUCAAUCUCCGACCUUUUGAUCGUUCGAGCAAAGACCCACCUCUAUUGUCUAAAAAACAAGCUGAAUCCUAUCCAUUCUCAUACAAACAAUUUGAACAUCUUCUUCAUCUGUUUUCAGUCGAACCUAAGUCUCCUCAAGCACAAGCAAUGGACGAAGCAUUAAAAUAUUGUGAGGCCGAACCCCUUAGAAUAGAAACCAAGUUCUGCGCUACUUCUUUCGAGGCCAUGCUUGAUUUGCUCACUCGCACCUUCGGUUUAGACUCGAAAAAUCUCAAAGCUAUAUCAACUAUGCAUUUGACGAAGCCGAAGAACAAAGUUCAAAAUUAUACAAUAACUGAAGAGCCUAAAGAGUUGGCGACCCCAAAGCUAAUAGCUUGUCAUAUAAUGCCUUAUCCUUAUAUAGUCUUUUAUUGCCACAGUAUAGAGCACACAAAGGGUUUCAGGGUUUCACUCGUCGGGGAGAAUGGCGACGCUAUUGAAACUAUUGCAGUAUGCCACUCUGAUACUUCUGAAUGGAGUCCUGAACACGUCGCGUUUCGUGAGGUUGGUGGUAAGCCAGGGUCGACAGAGGUUUGCCAUUUCUCUCCAUCUGGGCACUUGCUGUGGAUUCCAUUACAGGCUUAACAUUGGAUGAACAAAUCAUUUUCAUCUCGUCUUGUUUGUUUGUUUGCUGCUUGGCUCUGUGUAUGUUUGCUGGAGCUGUAGUAAUUUCCUUUUCGUUUUAUGUUGGUUCUAUUCCCAGCUUGAAUAAACACUACUGCUGUAGCAGUAGCUAUGUGCUUGUUAAGUGAACUUUAAUUAAUUAUCAAUUAAAAUUAUGAUAAAACAACAUUUGUUCA